AUGGGUAAAACAUAUAUUUCGAAACGAUUGCAAAAUCAAAAAUCUCGACUAGAGUCUUCGAAGACCACGAAUUCGAUCAAGAGCACUGUACGAACAGUAGUUGAAGAUUUAACUAUCAUAGGCACACGUCCGAUAACAACCACCGCUAAAAAACUGAAAUUAUCUCGCGCUCAACUAGUAACAGAAUCUACUAUUGCAGACGAUUUGGCACCAAAUGAUGAUUCAUUUAAUAAUGUGAAUAUUAUCGUUGGUAUUGAAACGAUACUCAGUUUAGUAAAUAAAAUGAGUUGUCCUUCUUGUCAUUGUAUUGGUAAUAUGUCUCAGAAAGUUGCACAGCGUCGUGGUCUUCUUUACCACAUUAAGUUUUCAUGUUUGUCAUGUUCAUUUGAAACAGCAUUCACAAAUUCAUCACAAUUGGUUCAUUCAUCUACCUCACGUAUGGAUGAAUUAAACAUGAUGGCAUGUGCAGCUGCAAAUGUUGCUGGAAUCAAACGAACGGGCAUGACUACGAUUUUAGGCAUGUUGAAUAUUUUACCGCCAGUUCAGAUUGAGAACUGGAAUAGAUAUCAGAAAAUCUAUUCAAGUGCUUUGGAUGUGGUCAAGGAUGAUAGUCUUCGAAGAGCCGCUGACGAAGCAGCCGAACAAUCAUCGGAGCCCGUUGAUCAUGAAGGAAUAACAAAUAUCAAGGUCUCGAUCGAUGGUACUUGGUUGACUCGACGUGGUCAUUCCAGUUUACAUGGCAUUGCCACUGUUUGUUCGACAGCGGAUCCAACAAAAGUCCUCGAUUUCGAAUGUCUCAGUCGAUACUGUAGUACUUGUUCGGGUUUAUUAGGAAUCAAAGAGCAUAGUCCCGAAACGUAUGAACGACUUUUAGCAGAACAUCUGAAGAAUGGUUGUCAGCAAAACCAUUUAGGUUCGUCAGCUGGAAUGGAGGCUGCGGGCAUUGUCAAGGUGUUUUGUCGAUCGGAAGCGAAACAUUUAUUACGAUACACUACGUUCGUCGCUGAUGGUGAUGUUAACAAUGAACGUGCACUGAUUGACGCUCAACCGUAUGGAGAUACACCUAUUCAGCGUCUUCAAUGCAUUAAUCAUUUCUCAAAACGAAUGCGUACGGCAUUGGAAACACUCAAAAAGGAUUAUCGAGACAAGAAACUCGAAGAUGGGUUACCGAUCGGAGGUCGAAAUGGACGAUUAACCGAUGAUAAAAUUCAUCGGUUAACUGUUUGCUAUGGUUCUGCUAUUCGAUCGAAUGUCAAUGACUUGGAGGCAAUGAAAGUCGCUUGUUGGAAUUCUUUUCGUCAGCACGAUUCCACGAGUGGAGUUGCUAAGAAGUAUAGUUUAGUACCUGCUGUUAUGAAUGCUCUUCGUCCUGUGUACGACAAAAUGUGCUCAACCGAAGUCUUAUCGAAAGUCGUUGAAGGAGGAAAUACGAAUCCGAAUGAAUCGUAUCAUAGCUAUAUUUGGUCUCUAUGUCCGAAGACACGAUUCCAUACUGCUAAUUACGUUCGUGACUCUGCUUCAUUAGCUGCUAUGCUUUACAAUGACGGUCAUCAAUUGUCAAUUACGAAAUUACUUCGUCAAUGUGGCAUUCAAAGUCCGAUUCCUGCAUGUAUUCGCAUGCUGAUAAUGACUGAUAAUGAACGUAUCAAAGUUCAGAAACCGAAAACUAAAACAAAAAAACAAAAACAAAGAAAUCAACGAUUAUUGGUUGAACAACGUCUCAAUCAAAAGGAAAAAUAUAACUACGCUACAGGAGCAUUUGACUAG